GCAGGUGUGCGGGCGCAGGUGUGCGCGCCGCCGUGGCCGCCGGGGCGUCGAGGCCGGACGCGCGCUGCCGGCGGGACGAUGAAGAAGGAGCAGGUGCUGCACUGCCAGUUCUCCGCGUGGUACCCGCUCUUCCGGAGCCUGACCAUCAAGAGUGUCAUCCUCCCGCUUCCCCAGAAUGUGAAGGAUUACCUCCUGGAUGAUGGGACUCUGGUGGUCUCAGGCAGGGAGGAGCCCGCCACACGCACGCAGCCGGACAGCGACGACGACGACGAUGACGAGGCGGAGGAGAUACAGUGGUCCGAUGACGAGAACACGGCCACACUGACGGCGCCAGAGUUCCCUGAGUUCGCCACGAAGGUGCAGGAGGCUAUCAACUCCCUGGGCGGCAGUGUGUUCCCCAAGCUGAACUGGAGCGCCCCCCGGGAUGCCUACUGGAUAGCCAUGAACAGUUCGCUCAAGUGCCGGACCCUCAGCGACAUCUUCCUCCUAUUCAAGAGUUCCGACUUCAUCACCCGGGACUUCACACAGCCGUUUGUCCACUGCACGGAUGACUCCCCAGACCCAGGCCUGGAAUAUGAGCUUGUUCUCCGGAAGUGGUGCGAAUUAAUUCCUGGGGCUGAGUUCCGAUGCUUUGUAAAGGAAAACAAGCUUAUCGGCGUGUCCCAGCGGGACUACACGCAGCACUAUGAGCACAUCUCCAAGCAGAAGGACGAGAUCAUCCAGGGCAUCCAGGACUUCUUCCAGAAGCACAUUCAGUACAAGUUCCUGGAUGAGGACUUUGUGUUCGAUAUCUACAGGGACAGUCGGGGCAAGGUGUGGCUGAUCGACUUCAAUCCCUUUGGGGAAGUGACCGACCCGCUGCUGUUCACUUGGGAGGAGCUGGUGUCUGGGCCGGCCCUGCGAGGGGACGACGGGGACACGCCUGCGCCGGAGCAGGAGCAGGACAUGCCGGCCUUCCGGUGCACGGACAGCGCGGCCACGGUGCAGCCCAGCCCCUACCUCAGCUACCGGCUGCCCAAGGACUUCGUGGACCUGUCCACGGGGGAGGAUGCGUACAAACUCAUCGACUUCCUGAAGCUGAAACGGAACGAGCAGGAGGACAGCUGAGGCGUGGCCGGCGCGGGACGGAUGGGAGCUGAGCCCCCGGCGCUGCAGAAGCCUGGCACGGGCGCUGUUGGCAGAGAUCGCCUAAUCAAUAAACAGGUCCGCGCCGGGCCCCGCCGCGCCAAGAACGCUCCUGUCUCAGACCGAGUUGCUUGCUUUGGGACUUCGUCUGUUCCGAUUUACCCAUGGUUCUAUGCUAAUAUUUUUAUAAUUAUCAGUUAGACGGGCGCUCUUAUAUCUGUUACACAAAAAGGAAUUCUUAAUUACUGCUUUUUCCACUGGGUCGGGGAGUAGCACCUUACGUCACCAUAAGGUGUUUUUCCCACUUGGGGGAUUUUUCAGGGUGAUUUCCCAGCCUCUGGGGUGGGGUGCGGUGCAGUUCCGUGCAGCUCCCUGGGAGUGCUCCCGCGCCCGCAGCCCCCCCCCCCCCCCCCCCACCGCCGUGUGGAAAUCCUGCCUGGGUCCCAGUACCAAGGCGCGAGAGGAAACUCUUGGGGAACUGCAAAGCAUCACGACUCAGUGUCACCCGCAGGGUAAGCCAGGGACACUGAAUGAGCACAGUUUGGAUUUUGACUUGGCGCCUGGAGACUGUGGGGUAUUAGCUGUGUUGGCCUGUACUGUGCCCUGAGGCCCUGUGUUGGAUCCCGGCACCAAAAAUCAAAGCAAAAUCCUGGAUCUUGGGGCCAUCGAUUCCGUUUUGCAGGUGGCCCUUUGGGUAGUGAAGUUCUGGAUCCUCAGCAUGACUGAGCCCAGUGACACACGUGUUCAGAUCGCACCAGGCCAGAGCUGCUCUCCUGCCCCAAGCAGGUGCUGUGCCUUGUCAAAGGGUCUAUUUCUUAGCCAGAGAGCCCAACCCCUCGCUUUCUGUCUUGGCCCACUUCUAAUCGCUUGGAAUUUUGCAUCUUGAGGUCAGGUCAUGAUCUCUGGGCCCCAUGUCCCCCCCAGCUUUGCAGGUCGGUUGUCCAGGGUGCCACGGCCUCCGUUGCCCUCCAUGUUCAUUUGCCUACCGCGGAGGGUUCCCAACGGUGACUUGAUUCAAGCUGAACCACGGAAACUGCCUUUGCCAAGAGGUUACUUUGCCAGUUGAAAAAAGGGAAGUGUUUGAUAUGAAUAGGAAGCAUUUACACCAUCUGUAAUGACAAGGUCCAAAAUUUGGCACGCUUUUCAUAAAUUCUCAAUUCUUGCUGUAAAACUUA